CUCAAAACUGUCGCUGAUUAUUACUCUAAAAUUAUUCUGUUGGAUUCAAAAAAAAAGUGUAUCAAUGGCUUCAAGUGAUUUAGGACUCAAUAAAAAUACAAUAGUUGAACAUUAUAAGUUCUUAAGAAAGAUGUGUCUAGAAUCUUUGGUUAAUAAUAGUGAAAUGAUCGAAGUGAUAAAUAAAAUCGUAGAAAUCGAUGAGACAAUGCUUUACUGUCGAAAGAACAAUAAGGGUAGAUUAACUAAGCCCCAAAGGAAACAGGUCUGGGUAUUUGGUGGUGUCGAAAGGGAAUCGCGAAAAGUUUUCGCUGAAAUUGUACCAAAUCGAGCAGCUGAUACCCUGUUAAAUGUUAUCAAGAAAAAAAAUAGACCAGGUACUUUCGUAAAAUCUGAAGGAUGGAGAGAAUAUACUAAACUGAAUGAAUCUGAUUAUGCUCAUGGAUGGGUCAAUCAUUCAAAAAAUUUUCUAAAACCAAGUGAUAAAUUAAUUCAUACGCAAACAAUUGAGAGACGAUGGAGAAGCUUGAAAGAAGCGAUUCCGAAGAACUUAAAUGUUGACGAUAAAAUUUAUAAUAUUGAGUAUUUAUAUCGAUGCAAAUAUCAUAGGUUAGGUGAGAAUGGAUUUUCAAUUUUUAUAAAACAAUGA